GCACCCGACAGACGUUCUGGCUGUGUAUUGAUCUGUGUGUACAAACAUUGUUUUGUCCACUGACAAGCAGUCGGUGUAUUUACUGGUGGUACUGGUAGAUUGUGUGUACCUGCGUUGUUUUCCGUGAUCGUUUUCUGUAAUUACGAUGCCGAAAGUAAAGGAGAGAAAGUUAUGUAAUAAACAGGAUACACCGCUGUUGACAACAGACAAAAUGAAAAAUGGAAAAAAGGAAAUGGAAAGGCAGAUUGAAAAUAAAAAAAAUAAAUUACAUUCACUUGGGGAGCCUAAUAAUAAAAGAGGAUCAGAGAUUCAGAGACCAGAGGGACUAUGCAGCAUACAGGAAAUGACUGUGGAACUGAAAGAGAGAACAAAAGAAGAUGAGUUGAUGCGUUCGUCACGGAAGGAAACCUCAUCCACAAAAAUUAGAAAAACAUCAAAACUUAAAAAAGAGGUUGAUGAACUUAUAGAAAAAGAAAUACAAAAAUGCUGUCUUACGGGAAUUUCAAUAAUCGAGCAAAGUCUGGCAGAACUAAAUGAUGCUAUUGCCAAAAUGGGAGAUUACAAAAAACAAUCCUCGAAAAAUGUGCUCCAAAGAAAUCAAAAACUUAUCACUCUCACCAAGGACGGGAACUGGAUUAUUUCUUUACUAUGGUGA